AACGGCUGCCGCCCUCAGGGGCGCGGGGUGCGCGCGGAGGGGCGGCUUCUCCCCCGCCUGCCGCCCAGCGGCCGCCGCCCUCAGGGGCGCAGGGUGCGCGCGCGCCGCGGCGGCCGUUGGGGAGCCGUUUGUGGCUGGCAGCGCCUGUGCGUGGCCGCCGCGUGCGGGGGGGUGGAAGAGCUCCGCGCGUUCUCUUUUUCGCAAGUCGCAAGCAGUGCGCGAAGCUCUCUCACCCGGGACGGUGAAUAAGGGGGGAAGAGUUCUGCGAUUCAACCGUUAAUUUUAGUACCCGUGUGGGGAACGUGUUUGUUUUACUUUUUUUUUUUUUUUUUUUUUUUUACUCCUCCGAAGGAAGGUCCCCUUCUUUUCGGCCGGCUGCUCUCUAAGUGGAACAGCCGUGUGAAACUUGCUCACAGGUUUUUACUGAGGGUUUUAAAAACUCUUUUUUUUUUUUUUGGCAACACUUGAAAAGCAGUCGCCUGCAGACCACUGCUAAAAUAAAUGUUAAUGUAUUUAUAUCUCUCCGGUUAUAGUUUGAAGGAAGAUGUUUAUGGUGCUUGCCCAUCUGCCAUACGAACAAACAGGUACAACGUGGCUGACUCAGUGUGCUACAGCCAUAGAGAAUAGAGCGCCUUUUGCUUCCUGUGCUUAGAAUGGAUUGGCAUCGGCAAUUGCGGGAGCAGGGUGACCCAGAACAACCACCUGUAUACUCUGUCAACAGCACUGAAGAAUUAGGAGAUGGGAAUUAGGAUGCUCACCAAAACUCCAAGUAUUGUUGCCCAGGUAUUCUUUCUUCUUAGCAUAGUUCUUGUCAUCGCUCUUGCUGUGAUUCAGAUAAACCAGCAAAAGAACCUCUCCCCAGGACCUAAGUAUGGAAUAGUGCUUGAUGCUGGAUCGUCUCGGACUACAGUCUAUGUGUAUGAAUGGCCAGCAGAAAAAGAAAAUGACACAGGAGUAGUAAGCCAAAUCUUCAAGUGUAGUGUGAAAGGCCCUGGCAUAUCCAGCUAUGAGAAUAACCCUGGAGCCCUUGCCAAACCUUUUGAUGACUGUCUGAAUAAAGUCAAGGAGAGAAUCCCAAUUCACCUGCAUAAAAAUACUUCUGCAUAUCUGGGGGCUACAGCUGGCAUGCGACUACUGAGGUUGCAAAAUGAAACGGCAGCCAAUGGAGUCCUUGCAAGCAUUCAAAACUACUUCAGAGCACAGCCCUUUGAAUUUAGGGGUGCACAAAUCAUAACUGGGCCAGAGGAAGGGCUGUAUGGAUGGAUAACAGCCAACUAUUUAAUGGGCAAUUUCUUAGAGAGAAACCUUUGGAGGACCUGGGUCCAUCCUUACAGAAAAGAGACCAUGGGUGCACUAGAUCUUGGAGGAGCUUCCACUCAAAUUUCAUUUAUUCCAGAGGACUUUCAGGAUAACCCCAAUAGCACCUUGCAGGUGAAGUUGUAUGGUUAUGACUACAAUGUCUACACUCACAGCUUCCAGUGUUAUGGGAGAGACGAAGCUGAGAAAAGGUUGUUAGCAUUGCUGCUUCAGAAGUCAAGAGCCAGUUCCAGUGUGGAUAAUCCAUGUUACCCUCAGAAUUAUGAGACUGCAUUCACAAUGAAGUACUUCUGUGACAGCCUUUGCACACAGUCUCUGAGACCAGCAAAUUAUUACCCAAACCAGCUUGUGAAAUUCCAUGGAACAGGCGACCCAGGUCUGUGCCAGGAGAUGGUGUCUUUACUAUUUAACUUCACUGCUUGCAGAGACAGAGGGGAGUGCCCAUUCAAUGGAAUCCAUCAGCCAAAAGUUAAAGGGAAUUUUGUGGCUUUCUCAGGAUUCUACUAUACAAUUAAUGCUUUGAAUUUAUCUGGGCACUCUUCCUUAGCAGACUUCAAUUCAAGCAUGUGGUUUUUCUGUUCACAGAGCUGGGUCCAGCUCCAGUUUAUGCUGCCUAAAUUUGAAGAAACAUAUGCUAGAUCCUACUGUUUUUCAGCACACUUCAUUUAUUACUUGCUUGUCUAUGGCUAUAAAUUUGAUGCAGAAACUUGGCCCCAGAUACAUUUCCAAAAAGAGGUUGGUAACAGCAGUAUAGCAUGGUCACUUGGUUACAUGCUAAGCCUCACCAACAUGAUUCCAGCAGAAAGCAAGCUGAUCCAGUUACCUCUGAAACCUUCUUUGUUCGCUGGGCUCCUCCUCUUCUUCACAACUAUGGCAUUGUUAUGUCUUAUCUUCCUUGUUUACUUGUGUAUUGUAUCAUGUAACCAGAAGAACAUCAGUCAUGUUGAACAAGUAUUUACUCCAGAAUGAAUGAACUUUUUAAAGAUCUCUAGAAAUCUUUCAGUGCUAUUAAGUUAUGUAGAACUUUAUUUUUGAAAGUUGAGGGAGAAAUAAAGACAGACAAAAAAUCUUGAGGACCAUAAACAUAAAUACAGGAGACAACAGACAUGAAGCCAUCUGUGACAUGGUGAAUUGGAGUACUUUUGAAAGAUUGGUAAUUGUUGCUGUAAAAUUGGUUUUUCCAGAGUUCAGCAGAGAAAAUGUGGACAGAUACUCUACUUUGCUCAAUAAAGGAUAAUUUGUCUUCUCUUGACAGGUAGGUGUUGAUUUCUGUCCAUGAACUCUGUGUUAACUAGCCAACUGUAGUGAUGAUGAAUUUGGGCAAAGGUGGCUGUUGGUCAAAGAUAAAGUUAAAGUCAGUAGGAGUUGUGGGAGAAGGCAAUGUGGCAGCUGUUCCCAUCUGUUGUGCUGACACUAAAAACAACCCCAAACAGGGAACAGCUGUGAAAGAAUUUUCAUUGCUGUUCCAAAUGGAUUGAGGUCCACUACAUAAAGAUGUAAUAAACUCCUGACACCCCUCAGGACUUUCAAGUCCCUGUUGAAACUGAACUCUAUUUUUUAGUACAAUAGAGAUCUCAGAGAGCCUCUGUUAUGGUGCCUAAGAUAUGCUUUGAAGGUGGAACAAAAUCCUUUCACACUUCAAUAGCUCAACCUAAUUGUAAAGAUGUCAUAGUUACCUCCAGAAUGCAAGUUUUUUUGUGUCUUUUUUUAAAUUAACUUUCACAGAAGCAUUUUUUGUAAUUUCUCAUACUGAAACAUUGGCCUGUAUUCCCUAUGUUUUGCUGAUCUCAGACAGUCAGAGUCAGUACAGAUGUGUCUUGUACAUGUUAUUUUGACUGUCUGGAGAGAGUCUUGGACCUGGGACCUUUUGAAGCAUUAGCAUGAGUGUGCCAAAAGUUAAUUUAAGUGCUUCAUUCAAGAUCAAGAGGAUCUGGAGUCAGACUGCAGGCCGAGGUGGGGCCAGCAGAGUGCUCUGUGUAGUGGGUUCAGGAAUCCACUACACAGAUUCACUAGAAUCACAGCCACUGUCCUAAGCUGUAGUGCCUCAACCAGCCUUUCUACUGCUCUGGCCUCAGCAAUCCUUCAGCAUCAUUGGGGUCUACCAGGCAGAUGCUUCUGUCAAGGACAUUAACUCCAAAGGUUUCCUGGGAGUACUGCUGCUUCUAUGCCCUGAAAAGCUGACCUCCUUCAAAGCCCAGGCAUUCUGCACCAAAACUCUUAUUCUUAUCCCCUUAAAUCAUAGGACUACAAUUUUGCAUGCUGCCUAAGGAGCCCUUCAAGAUCAGUAUCCCUUUUACCUGAAUGUGUUUUUACAACUUCUGAACUAAACUUUGAAAAAGCUUCCUGCCCUGUCAUCUACUAUCUCUUCCUCUUGUACAGUGCUUCCAUUAAUUUCUCUAACUGUUGUCUUGAUAUGAUCUGUAAGGCUGUGAGAGGAAUAUGUCUUUGGACUUAGCAGAAAGAAGGGAUGAUUGUAUUGUUCAAGACCUGCAAGAGGAGAAAUGAGCAUCUCGGCUUCACUUCCCACCUUCUACCAUCCCUGUUGCUCAGAUUCAGUACCUACACAGAGCUCUGUUCACCUAGUGUAUUUCCCCAAAUCUCCUACAAACAGCUUCUGGAAAUCACUUAAAUAUAUUUCUCCCUCUCUAUCCUCUCAGGAUUGCUUCCCUCCAUGUGCAGGUCCUCUUGCUUGCAUCCUUGCUCUCUGAGGUGCUCUCUGAUGUUGCACUGAGCUUUUCACUAUGAGAAAGUAUAAACUAAAAGGGAGAUCGCCAUAUUCAGCAUACUGCCAACUACCUAAAGCUUAUGAGGCAUUCUCUGUAGUAGUUUCCAUGUAGGUUUGUUGCAUGUAAGGGUUCUACUUGCUCAUGCAUACACUCAAAAUUCAAACUAACCUUGGAUUAUGAAUUUGUACUUCACAUGUGCUUUUCAUUCGUGCUUCACCUAUUCCCCAUACUGAUUAGGUUAUAAGAUUGGAGAACAAGAGUGGCUAUUAUUUUUACCUGUGAAUAAUAUUUUCAAAUUUUAUCUUUUCUUUCUGUGUUAUGUUAUUGCUUCCAUUUUCUUUUUACAAGCUGCUAAAUGAUUUAAAAGGAACUAAAUGGACUUUUCAGAGGAUUGGUAGUGAGGCCUUUUUUUCCUUCCCUGUCAGUAUACUACUGUGACUUGCCACUCUCAGUGGAGCAGCAGUACUGAAAACAAAGCAGAAGGUAUUACAAGCUGCUGAAGUACUCUGUGGUGCCCAGGUUACAUAUGAUAAACCAUAAAAAUUUAGUUCAGAGUGUACUGGACAUUAGAGGUUAGUAUAAAAUAAAAGCCUUAUCUUCUGUGUGCUGGAUCUGGAACUGCAGUUAAGGGGGAAAGGGGGAGCUGAUAGUUACAGAAAGAAGUGAAUGUGAGCACUAAAAUGUUUUCUUCAACUGCCAAUAUCUGCUGAUAAUGAUAUUCUGGGAUAUUUACCUGCCCUACAAAAGCUUUGUUUUCUUAUGUUUGAAAAUGGCAAUGCUGUUCAGACGUGUGGUUUUACAAAAACAAAAGAACAGGUUUAUGCUUAGAAGACAGCCUCGUUAGACUUGUCUGAGCUGGCAGCUAAAGAACAACUAAAUUUGUUGAAAAUUUGGACUUCCAGAUAUGUUGGGAUAGAGCCAACAUCUGUUCAAAUAAAGCUUUGCAUCUGCAUUACCUCCUGUUUUCCUUUUUCACUAGUUCCCUCUUCUUCCUAUUUAUAUAAUCUCCUCGUGCUGUAUUACUGUGAUACCCAUCCUGAUUUAGUGUUCAGUCUUAUGUCUCCUGUCAGUUUCAGCCAGGAAAGCUGAAGCUGUUCAGCUUCCACCAGCCAGCUGUAGCACCUCAGCUUACUGCUUCUUCCUGAGCCAGCACCAUGAUUACAGUUUAGAGUUAAGGUAAAAAGCAUGGCUCAGACACACAGCCUGCUUGUCUGUCCUUGCUUGUACUGUGGUUACUUUUGGAGGAGAGGUGGGGCACUGGAGAUAUUAAUCACUUCAGUCAUCUUAGCCAAGUCCUUCCAUGAGCAUAAGUCAGAACCUCAUUAAUGCGUGUAAUAUUGUCCUGUCCUCCAGAACUGAACAAUUUUGUUGGGAAAGUCAGCAAGCAGUAGAGGAUUUGGGAAUAUAUACAAACUAUAGCUUAUUUAUCUUUUUAUACUCUUUACUGUCUGCUUAUGAAAACAAAUAAAAAUAAAUUGUGAAAGGCUAA